AGCGAGUCGCCUUGCUGCCGUUUUAUUAGGAAACGCCCCUCUUUCCAUUUCAGGACCCUUCUUCUUCUUCUUCUUCUUCUUCUUCUUGCUCAUGGAUCGCCAUGCUUGAGGUUGAGCUUUGGUUACUACGUUCUUGCAAUCUGUUCACUCAACUCUGUCAAGGCUAUGCUCUUGUUCAGAGUUUUUUUGGGGCUGCAGUUUGUGCUCUGUUUGACAUGGUAGUGUUUCUUGGCGGCAAUGGUUUCUUUUCUCCUUUGACCUUUUCGAUUGAGAGAGCUCAUAUUAUUCUUCUAUGAAAUGUUUCAUGGUUCUUAGUUAGCCGUGCUUAACUCAUGUUAGAAUGCAAUGUGCUACAUCCAGCAAGAUUCUUUUUUUAUUUCUUUCUUUCCCCUGUUAACUCUGAAAUUGAAGUGUGUGGUUGAUGCUUCCUACACAUGAGCUCAAGCUUUUAGUUUGGUGUGUUUAUUCUCUUCCCAUUUAUCGAUUGUUUCUUUUAAGUACGGAUUAGAAUAUAAUGGUAAGAUCUCUAGUGAUUUCACUGUUGAUCUUUGUGCCACUGGCUGCUUCCACUAGGUACUGGGAAUGUGGAAGUGAUAGAAACCGGAUAAGCACAUUUUCUUACAAGAAUGUCUACUGUGACUAAUCCCCUCUAGCUAGCCUCUUUUUUCUCCAUUUGUUUAUUCUGAUUCUUUUCUUGUGCUGCAAUUCCUUUCCUAGUAAUUAAUCAUCAAACAUAUAUCCUGUUUUACUGCAUGCUUUAGAUAUCUUUGCCUAUGUAGGAGUAUAUGUCGUGUGGUUACUAUAGGAGUAGCUAGGAGAUCUUUUCUUUCAUUCUAUAAACCUAGUAGUAUAUGGCUUUGGCAUAUGGAUGGGCAGGCACAACUGAUAAUUGCAAGAACUGAUUAGUGCACAGUGGAUUAGAUUACCUUUACUCUACUUAUCUCAAUUUUUUUAAUCUUUACCAUAUGCUUUUGUGGAAGGAAGGAAGGAAGGAACAAUCUGCUGCCCUGCCAUGGCUUUGUCUCUGAGCAGCAGCAUCAGCAGCAGUGUUCAUGUCACCAAUAAUUUGGCUCAUGCUUCUCCUUCUCCUGCAUGCUGCUGCCCUUGCAGGUCUUUUUUUAGAUUUGGAAGUGAAGAGCUAUCUACUCCUACUACUACUACAAGCUUGGAGUUGGAGCUAGUAAGCUAUAGUGACAAUGUCCACUAGCAGCAAUCCAUCCUAUCACCAGCUGGGCCUCGACGCCAUCAGCUGCUGCUUCGUCGCCGGCGGCGGCGGUGCAGAGGCGGCGGCGCCGUUCUUUGGUUUUGGGUUCGGGGAUGUGGACGGCGAGUUCUUGGUCGCCUCGCCGGUGGCUGCUGUUGGCGACGAGCUGGCGUGCGCCGUGCCUCUGCGGCGGCCGCAGGGGAGCGUGUCGGAGGAGGAGGUGAAUGCCGCCGCGGUCGCCGCCGCCGCGGCCGGUGGCGCGGAGAGCUGCAGCACCGUGCACUCGGUGCUGGGUUCGGUGGAGUUUGGGUGUGGAACGUCGUCGGGUGUCACCAUUGCUCAGGCGUCGAGGAUGGGAAGGCUCGCCGGAGAGGCGCCGUGCGGCGACGCCGGCGGCGGCGGCUGGAUCUAUGGAGGGUCCGGCAUUGCGCCGUUACAUGGUGCGUACUACCUGUCCGGGUUCUCCUCCGGCGCCGGCGCCGGGUUCUUGAGCCCUUUCGCCGCGAGCUCCGUGGCGGCGGCGGCGCCCGCGGCGAGCGAGCUGUCGCUGCGGCUCGGCGCCACCAAGUGUUCGUCCCCGAGCAGCAUGGCGAACGCGUCGUCGGAAGUGAGCUGCUCCGGCUUAACCCACGUGAGCAGCGGAGGCGGCCUCGGCUACCACCAGGCAGCAGCCGCCGGCGCCGGCGCCGCCCUGUUCCACCCCACUCACGGCGACGACGCCGCAGCCGCCGCCGCCGGCGAGCUAAGGCAAGCGUACCACUCGAGGGCGCCUCCGCAUUUCUCGCAGGUGGUGUCGCGGUCAGCGGUGCUCGCGCACGUCGCGCAGGAGCUGCUCAACGGCUUCGUCGCCUGCCUGCUGCAAGACGUCGCCGCGGACGCGGCCAGCGGCGUCGACGGCGGCGAGGCGAGCCAGGCGCUCUCGUCGGGCUUCUCGGCGAGGAUCACGACGGCGCCGACGGAGGAUGCCUCACCCGGGAGCGGCGGUGCGAGGUGGGCGGCGGAGGCGCAGCGUCUGAGGAAGCUACUCCAACUGUGCAACCAAUGCGUCGAGGAGAUGCAGAGCACGGCGGCGAGGUUCAACAGCAUGGUGCGCUCCACCGGCGGCGGCGGCGGCGGGCUGACGGCGGCGUUCGCGGGGCGGGCGGUGGCGGCGGCGUACAGGAGGGUGAGGAGGCGGGUGAUGGGACAGCUGGUGGCGGCGGCGACGGCGAGGUCGUCGUCGUCGGCGGCGGCGGCGGCGCUGGAGGAGAAGGAGCGGAGCUGGGAGUCGUCGUUCAUCCAGAAGCACUGGGCGAUGCAGCAGCUCCGGCGAGGUGACCAGCAGUCGUGGCGGCCGCAGCGCGGCUUGCCGGAGAAGUCCGUCGCCGUGCUCAAGGCCUGGAUGUUCGAGAACUUCCUCCGCCCGUAUCCAAAGGACAGCGAGAAGGACAUGCUGGCGGCGAGAAGCGGCCUGAGCAGGAGCCAGGUCUCAAACUGGUUCAUAAACGCCCGCGUCCGACUGUGGAAGCCGAUGAUCGAGGACAUGUACGAGGAGCUCAAGAAGACCUCCGGAGGAAGCGAUGGCGCAGCAGAGAUUGAGCAUCUUAGCAGCAAAGAUGUGCUCAGUUUAGAAAGUUAGCAAGUUUCAGAUGUACAAAAUCUGAGCUCUGCUUUGUGAGCUUCUGCAUUUGCAGCUAAGGGCCAACUAGUCACGAGUGUCCACUACUGAUCAGGCCCUUAUCUAUGAAACCUUGAGGUUUUUCCUUGCAUAUAUAAAUUUAUAUAAGUUAA